UUCAUUGAGAUUCUUUACAUUAGAAGCUUAAACUAUUUUAAAACUGGUUUACCUCCACUUCCAAAUCAUCCUCUGGUUGGUUUCUUUUUCUCUUGACAAAAUCGAACCCGUAAUGUGAUACAGCUUUGCAGGAUUUAUCGCCCGCAAGCAGCUAAACUGCCUUGCCAUUUCCGAUCUAUGGCUGCUCCGUAGACAUCGUCAUAGAAGUUUCAACGGAAUCCAGAAAAAAACUGCUGCGAUUUCCCAAUCCCUUGUUUGCCUCAUUGAAUCUUUCAAGUCUGGUGGGAAAAAGUAAAACUCCGGCAACUGUCCUCGGCGCGCGCUAUAGGUGUAUUCAAAUCGGUCGGAAGCGACUUGAUCCGAGUCCGAGACCUGAUCGUCUGCACGAUUAGGGCAUUGGUUUUAUAUGUAUAUUAUAUGUAUAUGCAUAUGUAUGCCAGGAUGAGUUCGUGAGGAGUUGAAGAAAUGUCGGGAGGCGAGUACAACGAUCGCGCGAUACUGUUGAGAUCGAAUUCGUCGGCUUCCGAGGGCGAUUUGGAAAGUCAAGGGCAUCCGAAGAGUAAUAAGGGGAUUAAAGAUCUGCUGAAGCGCCUGGAUCGAGGGUUUUCGGGGCGUCGGAUCAGCUUUAAGCGUUCGGAUCGUGGCGCCAGCGGUAGCGGAAGCGGAAGCGGCGGCGAUGGCGGUGGUGAUGAGAUCUCCGCCGACAGCGCUCCGCCGGAGUGGGCGUUGCUGCUUAUUGGCUGCCUCCUCGGUCUGGCUACCGGUCUCUGUGUCGCCGCCUUUUAUCGUGCGGUCCAUAUAAUACAUGAAUGGGCCUGGGCUGGUACUCCAAAUGAGGGUGCUGCUUGGCUCCGUUUGCAGAGGCUAGCUGAUACCUGGCAUCGGAUACUGUUAGUACCUGUUACUGGAGGGGUUAUUGUUGGAAUGAUGCAUGGAUUGGUUGAGAUAUUAGACCAAAUAAAACAGUCCAGUUCUUCUCAAGGACAAGGCUUUGAUUUGCUUGCUGGAGUUUUCCCCACUUUAAAAGCAAUCCAGGCUGCUGUUUCGUUAGGUACUGGUUGUUCAUUGGGCCCUGAGGGCCCUAGUGUAGAUAUUGGGAAAUCAUGUGCCAAGGGCUGCUCUCUAAUGAUGGAAAAUGACAGGGAAAGGAAAAUAGCUCUUAUUGCAGCUGGUGCAGCUGCUGGAAUAGCUUCAGGUUUCAAUGCGGCAGUGGCUGGUUGUUUCUUUGCUAUUGAAACUGUUUUAAGGCCUCUCCGUGCUGAAAACUCUCCUCCAUUUACAACUGCCAUGAUAAUAUUAGCAUCUGUUAUUUCGUCUACAGUAUCAAAUGCUAUUCUUGGGAAGGAAGAUUAUUUCACUGUCCCCACGUACGAUUUGAAAUCUGCCGCUGAACUACCUCUAUACCUGAUACUAGGUAUGCUAUGUGGGGUAGUGAGUGUAGUAUUCAAUCGCUUGGUUACUUGGUUCGACAAGGCAUUUGAGUAUAUCAAAGAAAAAUUUGGUGUUCCUGCAGUUGUUUGCCCUGCUUUGGGGGGUUUAGGAGCAGGGCUAAUAGCUCUUAGGUAUCCUGGAAUACUCUACUGGGGUUUCACUAAUGUUGAUGAAAUCCUUCGUACUGGUAAGAGUGUUUCAGCACCUGGAAUUUGGCUGCUAGCUCAAUUAGCAAUUGCUAAAGUAGUUGCAACGGCUUUGUGCAAGGGGUCUGGGCUUGUAGGUGGAGUGUAUGCACCUAGUUUGAUGAUUGGUGCUGCUGUUGGUGCUGUAUUUGGUGGUUCAGCAGCUGAACUAGUCAAUUCAGCUAUUCCAGGAAACACUGCUAUUGCCCAGCCACAAGCAUAUGCACUGGUUGGAAUGGCUGCUACAUUAGCUUCGGUUUGCUCAGUACCCUUAACAUCAGUUCUACUUAUGUUUGAGUUGACAAAAGAUUACAUGAUAUUGCUUCCUCUCCUGGGAGCUGUUGGUCUAGCAAUAUGGGUGCCUUCUGUUACAAAACCGUCCAAGGAGAUGGAAGCAUCUGACACAAGGAGCUUGACUAGAGAUUAUUCUCCUAUCUCACACUCUGAAGACAAACACAAUGGUAUUUGGAGACGAGCGGGUGAUAGGAAUGAACUGGAACUCUCUGUCCUAGGAAAUGGUGAAAAUCAUGAAGCAUUUGAUGAAGAUUCUAUUUUGGAAGAUCUGAAGGUUUCUCAGGCCAUGUCGAAGAACUACGUGGCAGUUUCACCCAGUCUAACCUUGAAAGGGGCCAUAAAGUCUAUGCAUGACAACCAACAGCAUUGUGUUCUAGUGGUUGAUGUUGAAGAUUUUCUAGAAGGAAUUUUAACAUAUGGUGACAUUAAACGAUUUCUGUCAAGUCAGUCUGGUGAGGGUUCGGAGGGUGAUCUGCCUCUUCAGGAUUUAAACACCUGCCUUGUUUCAUCUAUAUGCACUCGAGGCAUAAGCUAUCGGGGCCAAGAGCGUGGACUGUUGACUUGUUAUCCAGAUACUGAUUUGGCAAUUGCAAAGAAGCUAAUGGAGGCCAAGGGGGUAAAGCAAUUGCCUGUGGUCAAACGUGGUGGAGAUUUUCAAAGAGAAAGAAAACGCAGAAUUGUUGCCAUUCUCUAUUAUGAUUCAAUCUGGAGCUGUCUGAGAGAGGAAAUCAAUCACUGGAAAUCAGUCUAUCAUCAGAGAAAAGACGACAGCCUUGAGGCAAUCACAAAUGGCCACUAACGUGACAUGGAAGUGGCGCUCUAAACUUUUUAAAAUUUGAUUUGCUGCCACGCUGAAACCAAAAUUGAAGUCAAAGACGGUGACCAAUUUUGCGGCAGCCACAGUUAGUGGCAGAGUACAUACCGUUUUCAUAUAUUUUGAGGGUUAUAGCGACCGGUUAUCUUGACAUCUAAAAUUCCUUCUCCUAACUGCAUCAUGCCAUAUUUGUACAUGGAGUCUACCCCCAAUUCAGUAGUUAAUAGAGAUUGUUUUGGGAAAAGACCUGAAAUAUGUUAAAAGAGUGGUCAAAUUAUGUCAAUACUCCCAUAGGCAAAAAUGAUGGCGGAAUGUGCAAGAACUAUGAGUUAUUCCUCUAAUAUCUAUGGCUAUGACUGCAUUUCUUUUCUUUUAACUU